AAGGUGAUGUCCUGUUCUGUACAGUCCUCUAAGAUGACUGAAGUGAGCCAUAAGCAGUGGGGACAGGUGUCUGGCCUGGGCAGUGUGGACCUGUGGGUCCUCCAGUCUUCCCAGGUGCGGGUGGAAGUCCUCACCCUGGGUGCCAUCAUCAGGUCUGUGUUCUGCAGAGGGAAGGAUGGUCAGAUGGAGGACAUAGUCUUGGGCUAUGAUGACCUGGAAGGUUAUGUGUCAGAUAAGCGGUACCUGGGAGCUGUGGUGGGCCGUGUGGCCAACAGGAUUGCACGGGGAUGUUUUGUAGUGGAGGGAAAAGAGUACCAACUAGAUAUCAACAAUGGACCUAAUGCACUGCAUGGAGGGCUGCGGGGUUUUAAUAAGGCUAUCUGGCUUGCUACAGCAGUGGAAGGUGGUGUACAGCUGAGUCUCACUAGUCCUGAUGGAGACCAGGGUUAUCCUGGAGAGGUUCAAGUCUCUGUGUCCUACACCCUACAGGGGGAAACACUAACUGCUGAAUACCAAGCCAGGUCUACCAAAACCACCCCCAUCAACCUCACCAACCACUCCUACUUCAACCUGGCUGGACAGGGUGCAGUAGAUAUCUACGACCAUCAAGUGUCCAUCAGUGCUCAGUCCUACCUGCCUGUGGAUGACACAUCAGUUCCUACAGGAGAGAUCAGAGGAGUGGAGGGCACAUCCUUUGACCUCAGAAAGCCUGUUCUGAUUGGCCCUUGCCUGAAGGAAGUUCCAGGUCCGGGGUUUGACCACAACUUCUGUCUGUCAUCACCCAGAGACCCCUGCACUGAGAAACAUGCUGCCAGAGUGUGUCACCUGGCCAGUGGGCGUGUCCUGGAGGUUUCUACCACCCAACCAGGAGUCCAGUUCUACACUGCCAACUUCCUGGAUGGUUCUAUGACAGGAAAGGGUGGGGUUAGGUAUGGGAAGCACAGUGCUUUCUGUCUGGAGACACAGAAUUGGCCUGAUGCUGUCAACCAGGCUUCAUUUCCUGACUGUCUCCUGCGUCCUGGUGAGGACUACCAACAUAUCACUCGCUUCACCUUCACUUCAGUCUGAUCUGACCUGACCUCUAGCAACAGUGGGACAGAAAAGAAGAAAACUGGAUAUUUUGAAGUAGAUAAUUAAGUGUAUUAAUUAACUAUGCAAAUUAUUUUUCUCAAUUUACAGUAUAAUCAUGCACCAUACAGCUCAAUAGCCAGUGCCUUUUUCUGUGCACAUGUAGUUCCCACUUGUGCAACUGUGUGAUUUGAUGAGAUGUUUUUUAAUGAACUUUACCAUGCCAGUCUAUAGUCAUGUCAGGUAUGUUACAGCGACAUGAUGCUCAUAGUGUAACCUGACCAAACUUGGUUAGAUAUAUGUGAUUUGUGAUGUGACGAACCUGUGCCAUUCGUACAUUAAACUAAUAAUAAGUGUCAAAGA